UUCUAUGCAAUACUGCUUACUAUCUUGAGCUUAUCUCGACAAAAUGAACCUGCAAUUCGUUUUAAUUUUUCUCCUUGCCACAUUUAAGCCCGGUUUGUUUUAUGCAACGCCAGCGUACAAACCCUUGAAGUGUGAAGAGACCAAUAAAGAUCAGAAGAGAGCUUCGCUCUUAGCAAGUUGCCUUCCUGCAUCCGACUGCUUCCUAACCAGACCAUUUGGUAUUUGUCCUAAGAAACAAGUUUGUUGUGCGAAGAAACGCGACUUUAUUAUUGAUGAAAAAGAAUUAGUUGAGACAACCGAUUUCAAAACCAACCAACAAACAGUGCAAUAAAUUCAAUUCUUUGGCCUUUUAAGAAAAAAUGAUUAAAUAUAUAAUAAACAUAUAUAGUGAUUCAUGGGUAAA